AUGGUGGAAGAACUAUCUAAUUUUAUAGCUGAGAUUGAGCGAAUUGUGACUGCUCCAUAUAUCCCCUUGCUGCUAGAUUUAUAUGAUCUGACCAGGCAAAGCUCGUCUACGACUAUCAGUCGUUGGGCAAAUCAAAAACCAUGUCAAGUGGGUUUAUUAGCCGAUGUGUUGGUAGAGGGGUUGUCCCGUUCUCGUGUAUCUCUCCCGCUGCUCUCGAUAUUUUCAUCGUCUGCACCAUCUUUUCAAGAGGCCGUGUUGGUUCGACAUCCAGUUCUCUUAGAUAGUUUGCUAGAGAAAGUGGUUGAAGCUGGUGAUUUAGAUUAUCUAUCACCAUGCAUUUCUUUACUAUCUUCUCCGCUUCCGGCAGAGUUUGUUCCUCCUGCUCGAAUCACCAGCUUCAUCACGUACCUUGUCUCUUCGAUGGCCAAGGAUCCAUGCGCAGAUACAAUCAUGCCCUUGCAUCGCUUGAUGACCAGCCUUCAAGGUUCCAUCUUGAAUGACGUCCCUGACGAAGUGAUGUCAAGCCUACAGUUAGAAUUCACCAAAACACUGCGUAAUGUAGAUGAUCAAAUGGGCAAUCUCCUAUGUCUAGCAACAUUUGCCCGAAUCGCAGCGACCUCUCAAAAUCAACACGGAUCAAAGCCCAGACCCUGGCUACUUAACAUUCAGCACUUCUUCGGAUCAAAGCGCGGUGUGAAGACACUCGAUCUGGUCGUUUUGCGUGUGAUCCUAGCUUGUUCCUCAAAUUAUAACAAUUUAAUACCAUCACAGGCUGCUGAGAGCAUUCGCCUUGCUAUUUGCAUUGCAGAUGCUGUUGAGCCGACGCAAAAGAAUGCCUGGCUGUCCAGUAAUGUGGCUAAAAUCUCCAAAUUAUGCGAUAAGGUGGCCACAGAUGGCCUGGAUCAAGAGAUUCAGAUGAUGGGAGUGGCAUUUUUGCUCUGUCUCUGCCCUGGGGCGGAUCUACCCCCUUAUGUAAGAAAGCUGGGCUUGCAUGUUCUUGUCUCCAAAGGCAGUAAAGGAGCGUUGGGGGCGAUGCCGCACUAUCUAAUUCCCCGGUUAGUGGGCUCGUUAGCUAACUCUGAGGAAUCUGCCAUCUAUCAUCUGCUGCGGCUUACAUUUGAAACUAUACAGUGUGUUGAUGUAUCUGCCCAAGACUUGUCUGAUUUACAUUUGGUAAACUUGAUCCUUCCAGGAUUUCAAACAGCCCAGUCUCCUGUUUUGAUAUCCGCACUUCUCGAUUCGGUUUCUACAAGAGAGGCCAUCGUGUAUUUGCUCGGGCUAUUCCCAAUAGCCCCAAUUCAACUUCACUGUGGAGGAUUACAAGCCUGUUUGUGUGCAAAGACCUCGCUUCAAAACAAAGUCCUGGUCAGCCUCUUUGGGCUCUACUUUGGCGCUGCCAUUUCUCGGAGCAAAGAGAAUGAUGACGUUCUCAUCAUGAAACGAUUUGUGGAUCGUGCAGUAGGAUCAAUGGUCAAUCAGGAGUGCCAUUUCUCAAAAUCGAAACCAAAAGACUUCGUUUCGACAACACAACCACACUACUGGCAGGACAAUUUGUCUGCUAAAGCCCCGCCUCGCGACUGGCGCUCUGGAAUAGCCGAACCCCUUAUGCAAAAUGCGCAGUACCUCAACGAAGACAUCGUAAAGAAGAUUGAAGGCAUUUGCGUGGAUCUUGAGCGUCGUUGUUAUGACGUAGAAGGUCCAUUGCGGCGUGUCGAAGAAGACCGAGACCGGUACAUUUCUGAAGCCCAGAGGCUGAAGUACCAGAAUGACGAGCUAGAAAUUCAGCUGGGGCAGUCUUCUCAGACAGUGACCAAUCUUCAACAAGAGAUUAUUCGAUUGGAAGAACAUGCCAAAGGCGUAUGCACUCGGUUGGCAGAGCUUUCUGGAUCUCUAAAGUCUACCAAAAAAGAACUUGUGGAUGAGCAACAUCGCUCGGAAAGAGUGCUCCAUGAGCAGCAAGAAGCUGCCCGGACUAGAGAACUUGACUUGAUAGCUACAUGCACUGAGAAAGAAGAUCUGCUUGAAGCGAUGCAAGGGGACAUGUACCAGCUUGAGUCCGAAAUAGAACAGGCUCGACAGGCUUUGGAUGGUGUCUCUCAAGAGCGAGCUGCCUUGUUGGAAUCUUCUGCCUCAUUACAACUUGAAGUAAAUGAGCUUCAAAUUCUAUUAGAGCAAAGCAAACAACUUUGUUCUCAACUGAAUGGCGAAAUAAAUCAGCUGCAGGCUGGUGGUGAUAAUAUGCGGAGCGAAAUAGAAACUUUACAAACCAAGAUGGAUGAGCAAACUCGCGAAAGCAAAAGACUUUACUCUUCCUUGAAAGAAACUGAGCAAAGGUCAAGAUUUAAGGCUGAAGAAAUGAGACUACAGCAUCAAGCUGAGGCCAAUAAGGCCAUAUCUGAGAUGGAGAAGCAACAAGAAGAAAACCGUCAGCUCCAUACAGAGAUUCAAAUUGCAGCCGAAGGUUCAUCCAAACAGAUCCAAUCAAAUGAAAAGUACAUUUUUCAGCUAGAGAACAAAAUCCAAUCCCUACGGGACGAACGAGCAGCAAAAGCAAGAGAGUUCUCCGAAGCCCAGCAGCACAUCGGAAAGCUGAUGAACGUAAUGGGAUUUUCAACAAACCAAAACUCCCCACCCUCCAAACAUCAACGGACUCUAGAAACAUCCUGUACCCCCGCAACAAUCAAUCGCAGAUCGACCGUCUACGGCGAAGAUGAUGCACAAUUUGCAGCACCAACUGGAAAUAGUCCCGAAACCCCUCACGAACCAAGUCCCAAACGACCGAAGGGAAGCCUCCGCACAAUGAACCCAUCUCAACAUGUCCCGAAACCCCCUGGUGGUGGUGUCACAAAAUCUAUCUCUCAAAGCACUGGCAGUCCUAAGCGACUCUCUUUUCGACAGCUUAAGCCUCUUGGUGAAGUGAAUCCGAACAGUCAGAUCCCGCCACAUUCUACGAGAAAUUUGAAACAUAGCCAGGUGCUUGCUCAAGAGUCUAUUGCUGAUGCAGGUGUGGAUCAUAUGCAUGGCCUUGAUCUUGAUCCCGAUCUGGAAUUUACCAAGGACUUCAUUUUUACUAGUACGGCUUUUUCGGGGUCGAAUGAAAACUUAGAUUCUUAA